CUUUGAAAAAGAAAUUUCUCAGAUGUGCUCCUUGGGGCUGCUGUGACAGCGUACUACUCUAAGAUCAAAACCAACGCUGUUACUCUUGAGAAAACCUCUCUUUUGGUCUCAGCCAGGUCUUCAUGCUGCUGUGGGUGUCAGUGCUGGUCCUGGCUCCUGUCAGUGGACAAUUUGAAGCUGUACCCAAAGCAGUGAUUUCCCUCCAUCCUCCAUGGACCGUGUUCUUCAAAGGAGACGCAGUGACUCUGACUUGCCAUGUAUCUCACAUCUACACAGCAAAGAACAGAGAAUUGUACCAGUGGUACCUUGGGACAGAAAUACUACGUGAAAUCCCAGGAAACACCCUCAAGGUUCAGAAUUCUGGAGAGUACAAAUGCCAGACCCAGAAUUCGCUUCUAAGUGACGGUGUGACAUUGAUUUUUUCUACAGCUAAACUGAUCCUGCAGGCUCCCCCUUCCGUGUUUGAAGGUGACUCUGUGACUCUGAAAUGUCAAGCAAAUGUAGACCUAGCCCUGAAGAACAAGUCCCUGUACAAGAAUGGCAAGAUGCUAAAGAUCCUUGAUGAAAGCUCCAGCUUCCAUAUUCAACAAGCAGGUCUGAAGGACAAUGGAGAAUAUCACUGUGCUGGAUCUGAGAUCAAUUGUUCUUUUUCUUCAAACAGAAUAAAAAUCCAAGUCCAAGAGCUGUUUCCACAUCCUGUGCUGAGGUCCAGACCCUCCUGGACCACCUCUGGGAACCAACUGACCCUGAUCUGUGAGACCCAGCUCCCACCUCAGAAGUCAGAUGUCCAGCUCCAGUUCCGCUUCUUCAAAGAUGGCCAGAUUGUGGAGGAGGGCUCAAAGAACUUUCUGAAAAUCUGGAACCCCUCCAGUGGGAUGAACAAAGGCCCAUCAUAUUACUGGUGUGAGGCGCACACAGUGACUUCCAAUGUCUGCAAAAAGAGCCAGAAAUCCCAGAUACACGUGGAAGUCCCCGUGUCUCGUCCUGUCCUCACCCUCAGCCCUCCUAGGGCCCAGGCUCUUGAGGGACAUAGGGUGACACUUCACUGUGAAACCCGGAGGGGUUCAACCCCCAUUCUGUACCAGUUUUAUCACGGAGAUGUCCUCCUGAAGAGCAGCUCAACCCAUACUGCAAGAGCGUCCUUCAGCAUCACUCUGACUGCAGAGAGCUCUGGGAAGUACUCCUGCACUGCCAACAAUGGCUUCGGCCCCCAGCGCAGUGACACCAGGAGCCUCUCUGUCACAGUCCCAGCAUCCCGUCCCAUCCUCACCCUCAGGGUGCCUGGGACUCGGGCCGUGGUGGGGGACGUGAUGGAGCUUCACUGUGAGGCCCACAAGGGCUCUCCCCCCAUCCUGUACCGGUUUUAUCACGACAAUGUGUUCCUGAGGAGCAGUCGGCCCCCCUCUGGAAGAGGAACAUCCUUCAACCUCUCUCUGACCCCAGAACAUUCCGGAAGCUAUGCCUGUGAGGCUGACAAUGGCCAGGGUGCCCAGCGCAGUGACACUGCCUCACUCAGGGUCACAGUCCCAGCAUCCCGCCCCGUCCUCACCCUCAGGGUGCCCGGGACUCAGGCCGUGGUGGGGGAUGUGAUGGAGCUUCACUGUGAGGCCCACAAGGGCUCUCCCCCGAUCCUGUACCGGUUUUAUCAUGACGAUGUGUUCCUGGGGAGCAGCUCUGCCGCCUCUGGAGGAAGAGCAUCCUUCAACCUCUUUUUGACCCCAGAACAUUCCGGAAGCUAUGCCUGUGAGGCUGACAAUGGCCUGGGUGCCCAACGCAGCGACACCGCCUCACUCAAGGUCACAGUCCCAGCAUCCCGCCCCGUCCUCACCCUCAGGGUGCCCGGGACUCAGGCCGUGGUGGGGGACGUGAUGGAGCUUCACUGUGAGGCCCACAGGGGCUCUCCCCCCAUCCUGUACCGGUUUUAUUACGACGAUGUGUUCCUGGGGAGCAGCUCUGCCGCCUCUGGAGGAAGAGCAUCCUUCAACCUCUCUUUGACCCCAGAACAUUCCGGAAGCUAUGCCUGUGAGGCUGACAAUGGCCUGGGGGCCCAGCGCAGUGAGGUGGUACCACUCAAUGUCACAGUUCCUGCAUCACGCCCCAUCCUCACCCUCAGGGCUCCUGGGGCCCAGGCCUUCCCUGGAGAUGUGAUGGAGCUUCACUGUGAGGCCCACAGGGGCUCUCCCCCGAUCCUGUACCGGUUUUAUCAUGACAAUGUCAUCUUGGGGAGUAGCUCAGUCCCCUCUGGAGGAGGAGCAUCCUUCAACCUCUCUCUGACCGAGGAACAUACUGGAAACUACUCGUGUGAGGCCGAUAACGGCCUGGGGGCCCAGUGCAGCGAGGCGGUGACACUCUCCAUCUCAGGGCUGACAGGGAGCAGACUCGGCCCUGUUGCCACAGGCGUUGCUGGGGGGCUGUUCGGCAUGGGGGGCCUCGCAGUUGUGGCACUGCUGUUGUAUUGCCGGCUUCCCAGGAAAGCAGGAGGAAGGACCUCAGACCCCUCCAGGAACCCUUCAAACUCGGACCCCCAAGAGCCUACCUACUACAAUGUACCUGGCUGGAUAGAGCUGCAACCAGUAUACAGCAAUGUAAAUCCUAAAGGAGGAGACGUGGUGUACUCGGAAGUCCGGAGGAUUCAGGAGGGGAACAAACAUGCAGUGGCCUCAGACUCCUCAUUAAGGCUCCUCUGGACCUACCUGCCCUCCCACGGCCCGAUCGCCAGCCCCCAGCCUUACAGCGCCCAGGACUCCUCUGUCAUCUACUCCCAGGUGAAAGCGGAAUCCUUCCUGACCUCCACGGCUGAGUCCGCACACACCCCCUGCACCCCAAGCAAUCCUGGGGGCCAGAGACAUUGAAGUGGGACGAUCUGAAUGGCUCCAGGCCUCCUCCUAUGAGAUAGAGCACAGGCCCUGCAGGACGCCGCUGUUUCCCAAGUGACAGCUUGGAGCUCGUGGAUUUGUUGUCCGGGGAUAUGUUUCUCCUACCCAGGGCCAUCUUGUCCCCUGGCUUCCCCACAGGCUUCAGUCACCGUCCAUGUUCUGUCCCACUUCCACAUACACCCCAACCUCUCCCCAUGGGACCUGCUCCUGGACCUUGCCAUGGACAUCUGCCCCCUGUGGACGCCUGCCCCGUCUACAGACACCAGUACUUCCCACAGACAUCUGAGCUUCCAUGGACAUCUGCCCCACAUAGAUACCUACCCUUCUGUGAACACGUGUCCCCCUAUGGACACCUGCUCCCCCGCAGACACCUGUCCCCCGUGGACACCUGUCCCCUCAUGACACCUGCCCUCCCCACAGACAUUUGCCCCCCUGCCGACACCAGAGCCCCCACAGCUGCUUCCUCAAUGGUUGUCAUCCUGGCAGGGCUACCACAGCACUCUGCCAUGUGGGACAGCAUGGGGCCCAGGGGACAAGCGCAGUUGGACCACAGACCUCCUCAUCAUGGGGCUACAUUUCGUGCCCCAUCUGCCUCAGACGCUAAGGCAGCCCCUGACACCAGGCUAGCUUCUCCCCUGCAGAUGGGCCAACACCCCGUCCUGUGUGCCCUCCAAUGCAGGCACAGGGACUCCCUCCCACCUGUCACCAUGAGGAGACACACGUCCCAAAUGUGGGCAGUUCUGACACAGACACUUCUGAAUGUCAUAAGCCAGAGAAGAGCAGUGAGAGCCAGGGGAUAGAGGAGGCCUGAUGACCUAGUAGGAACUGUGAUCGGAUUUGGAUCAAGAAGAAGCCACAGGAGAAAUUUUGGAGACAGGGAAAAGGGAAUCUGAACUAUAUAUUAUUGAUACUUUUGAAUCAAUAAUCUGAUACUACUUUUAGAAUAUUUUUGAAAAUAUUUGAAAUACUUUGAAGUGAUUCAGUAAAAACUUUUAAAUAUG